CCCAGACUGGUCCCUUGCUCUCCCAUCUUUGUUACCAGCAUCUCACGCGGACGGCAUUAGUGAAUCCGCUCGACCCGUUCGUCUGGGAGCUAUACGCAUUCGUCUCCGGAAUCCGGAUUCACGCAAGAUGCUCUCGUAUAUCACGCAACCUUGUUCGUCUGAUAAAUACGAAUGACUGAUAUAAAGAUGGUGUUAGCAAGUGUUGACUGACUAGGAAGAUGUGGGUAGUGGGUAGUGAUGAUUGUGUACGAGGAGUGGUAUGGGCCUGCCUAUGGGGCCCCAGGGGAGGCAGGUAGGGGCCCACACUGCUCCAUACAUCAUGGGCCUUACUGAAAGCAACCAGAGUAAGGGUGGUGGAGGUUGGGGGCCCAGUAAGUCCCGUAGUACCCCACAUUUUCCCGACGGUCGGUCCUAUCAGAACCGACCCCGACAAGCGGCCACCUUACCAGCACGACCCACUCCAGACAGUGGUCACCCUCCGGCUUAUAACCACCCUCGCACUCCCGUGCACGACCCUGGCUCCAUGGGGCACGACCCACGCCCACCGGAAACGCCUUUACGCCGCCGGGAUGGUACCUCGCUGGCCGAGCGAAGUUCCGGUCAUCGAUCUAUGCCCCCACGUCGCUCAGCCUCCGCUGACAGCAUCAAGUGGAGGUGUGACCCGCUCCUCGACUCCGCUACCUUAAAGCAUAUCCCGCAAGUGAAGCCUCUCCAGGUUGAUAGUUUCGCUCUGUUUCCCACACCUGAGCCCACCGUCUCACCCCCCUCCAGUCCUCGACAGAACUCCCGACCACGACCCACUGCAAUAUACGUGGCUGACGACCAAGCUGCCCACCUUGUGAGGCACCGUGAAGGCCGCCCCAGGACACGUGGUCACCAGGCUCGGUCACCCCACUCAGGCACACACGGGGUGCCUGGUGAAGAAGGUAAGGAGAGGGCUGUCAGUUCAUGCGAGAGACGCCCCAAAGGUAUCCACGUGUCAACGCUGACAUUAACGCCACAAUACCCUAGAGAGAGUGCACCCCGCCCUGAAGAUCAGCCUCGUCCCACGCCGCGCCACCACAGACGCAAAAAGGAAAACAAGAAAACGCGGCCGAGGGUAGAGUACAGUGCGUCAGAAGGUGUGCAGGGUGACCCUUACGUGUGUCUUCAUUACGGUGGCACCCUGGAUGAUGGUCAGAGACAGCAGCUCCAGCAGGCCACAGCUUGGAGAACCCAACACCAAGAAGAAAAAGUUAGCUCAAACAAUCAACUCUCACAGGUGGUAAUCCGUAUGAACCAGGUAUCAACGACCACUCUUGACAACUAUGACGCCGUCAAUGCCAACAUAGAGAGUGUUCAAGUGAGGAGGAAUGUUUGGUUUCAUGCCAACCGGACUACUGACGUGAGCACUGAGAGAGCGGCGUCAAGGACUAAAGGUAUCAACAUACCGACCGUAAAUGACUAUGUAUCAGUAGGUGACAGGAGUGAGACAGAAAUGAUAGCGUGGCCGGACGUUACCAGCAAAGUGUCCUCAAUUUACAUGAGGCCGGAAAUGCACGUGGGGGCAGUGUCGUGUAUCAGGGAGGGUCGGGAGGCCAUCUACGCUAAUAUCAACCGCAGUCAACCAAGCAUCUACUCCUCAGGCGGGGCAUCAAACCCCAGGAGCCGGGAUCGUGAGGGCACGAAGACCAAGGUGUCAGAGAGGCAAAGAGUAGCAAGUCCAAGAUGCCCACCAGUUACACAGUUUGGUGUAUAUGAUGACAGAAGAAAUUACGCCAAAGCUCCCUCAAGGAAAAAGAACACGUCAGUUUUGGUUCCUGUUGGUGCACAGAACAAAGAGGAAAAACUGGCAACUCUUCUCGCCAUUAAUUCAACGAGGCUAGAACUUUCUUCGCGGAUUAAGGGCGAACCUAUCUCAGAUUGUGUGGUGGUAAAACAUUCUCGAUCACACGAUGAGAGUGAAGACCAGCCUGAAGAUGACAGUAAUUGUUCUCCAGGUAAUGAUCAGGUUGACAGCCUAGACUGUGCUUCAAACAUCAACACUAAGGGCUUAUCAGAGACUUCAAAUUCUAAUAAUUUUGAUUGUUUCCCUGAAAGACAACACCAUAACAUUGACACUCGUCUAAGUAAUACUGAGGGUGAAGAUAGAGAUGAAAAUGCCCGAUGUUUAAAUAAUAUCCACAACGUAGACAACAAUCUCCUGACAGUAAAUAAUCACAUUGAGGAUUACACCAUCAUGGGAAAUAAUGGUGAUGUUAGUCACUACUACGGGUGUGAAGAUAGUGAGAUGGUCAAUGAGUUAUCUUCGGGCACAAGAGGUGAGAAUGAAUUUGCAGCUCAGGAGAGGACGGGGUCCGGUAGUGUACAUGAAGACUUGGUAUGUGAGGAGAUACACGAUAACGUAGCAUCAGUGUGUGAUAGUGCUGAUAAAGACCACUCUGGUACAGACACCCAGUGGUGUGGAAUAAACAGUUCAUUGUGUGCGUGGAGUGGGCCGGAAGAAGUUACUGGAUAUUCUCCUUCAAGAGUGACGGACACGCUUGAAGGAGCUGCUUAUAUACGUACUCGAGAGGCGGGUGAAAGCUUACUCAAAGACCAGUGUCCUCUGCCGUUUGAUAGCUGGCAUCAAAAGGGCGUGUCCGGAAAUGUAGAUGAGACAGAAAGUAGAGCAUACAGAGAAGCCUUGCGUGUGUUAGAAGAGAAAUAUUGGGCAAGCACAGUGCCAGGGCUCCCCAGUGUUUCUAGUAGCCAUCAGUGCCUCAGUAAGUGCAGCUCUUUACCACGAAACCUCCAGUGCACCUGUGCCGCCCACUCCAUCACCGCUGAAAAUAAGAUGAAAGGUUUUAGAAAUAGAUUUAAGAGUUUAGACGUUAGUAACUUCUCAGUAUUGCGGCUGCCGCUGGGAAACCAACCUAGACUUGUUGAUGUCCUGCGUGGUUCUGUGUCCCAGGGCGAUGCUUGCCCUAACCCGCCUCUGGGCACCGUCCUUGGGCAUGAGGUGCACAAGCGGCACUCAGGUGAGCAGUCUGACAGCCAAUGUGAUUCCUCGUGUGAUGGUGUUACGCUAGUGUCUUAUUCUCAGUGUUGUCCCUCCCCGCUGGCCACGGCGAAGGAAACACGUGUAAACAGUCGUGGUAUCUUAGCGGGUGGUGAGUGUGAAGGGGUGAAUAGCCUCGAGUAUGACAGGGUGAAUAGCCCCGAGUGUGACGGGGUAAGCAGCCCCGAGUGUGACGGGGUAAGCAGCCCCGAGUGUGACGAUGUAACGGAGGGUGAGCCUCACCUCUUCCUGGAAGACAGCGAGGUGACCACCAUCAAGAAGGGUGCUGUUGGUGGCGUGUGUGAGAGUGUCGAUGUGUUGCUGGGACAGCCCCGGGAGGAACACCCGGGCGGUGGCAGCUGGAAGCCAGGAGCGGAGAGCCAUCAGGUAAACACAGUGAGAAGUGUUGCCCAUACCUGGCACCCACGCACUGUGGGUCAAGACCUGGAAUCAUGUUCUACCCGGGAAGACCCACAGACUCCCACUGAAUUAGGCAAGACAACCACAGACUCAGCCAUUAUCAAGGAAGAGGACAGUUUCUCUCGUCCAGUUGGUCGCCAUGUCCACAAGAAGUUCUGGAGUCGACCCAGUGUCCACAGUAUAGCCUGGGACACACCUCUGCCCUCCACUCCAGGUAAGUGUUGGCACAGGAGUGCCACAAACCUUCACUAUUAUGACGCAACAACACUAUUUUGACGCAUUCACCUUGCCUGCUGACGCAAUGCAUGUGUUCUAGUAUGCGCUAUUAAUAAUAAUUUAGUGUGAGGACUAACUCAUCAAGGCUGACCUUUCUGUAAGGGAUAUAUCCCGAAAGUAUUCCUCACAGAGAGAUAUCCCUUGAGAUAUUCCUCACAAGAGGCGAUCAUUUUGUACGAGAAAAUAAACAGAAUAAUACACUGA